AAAGAGAAAAUUAUACAUGUACCCGUAAACAUAUUUUUUCACCAAGGUAUUUUAUAACUACAAUAGGCCACAAGAAUAUAUAUAUAUGUACAUAACCUCGUGGUUUCAAAAUCUCCAUUUAUUAUUCACAAUUAAUUGAUCAAUUAAGUUUCGUCUUCUCAAAUUCAAAUUUUCACUCUGAUUUCUACACCGUCUGCUAUACCUUCUAUUUGCUUCUAUAUAUACAUACAUACAUAUAUGAUAUAUGUGUGUGUUUGUGUGUGUGUGUGUGUAUAUAUAUAUCCAAAUUGGCUUCAAUUUUGAUGUAUGAUCAACUUAUUGCAAUGGACGAAGGUGGUAGUAAGAAGAAUGUUGAAGCAGAAAAGCUUCCACUGAUAGAUAUUUUGUCAGAGGACGAUUUUCUUGUAGCGUCUCCCUUCCGUGAUGAUACUCCGGAGGACUUUCGACUUUCAGAUGUAAUUGGGCAAAGAGAACAGAAGCUUCUUGUAUCUUCUGAAUCAAUGGAGCCAGGAAGAGCAAUUAACUUUCGCAAAAGUUUAGCUUGGGAUAGUGCCUUCUUCACUUGUGCAGGUGUUCUGGAUCCUGAAGAGUUGCACAUCAUUAACAAAGGAUUUGACAAAGCUACCACCCAUAUUUUACCUGGGAUUCGAGAAGAUGUGCGAGUGAGGCGUCCUGCUGACUCCGAUUCUACAUUCGACUGUGAUGGUUUCUGUCUGGAAAGCACUGAGCUCGACAUUUUUGAAGAUAUAAGAGUGUCCAACAUCCAGAGAUCCAGUAAAACAUCCAUUGUUGCUAAUACAGGCAUACAGAAUAUCCACUGUAAGUAUGCUGCAGUAUCAGAACCUGCUCGAUUCGUAACUUCGUACAUUCAUUUUGGGCUUUCUUGUAUGAAUGCAGUUCAGUCCUGCCAUGAUUAUUUAAUCAGGAGAUAGCAAAGAU